AUGUCUCUAACACCCGCAAAUAUGCGCCGUUUAAUGCGCGAGAUUACCGAGUUGAAGAACAACCCUCCUGAGGGUAUUCGCGUUGUCGCGAGUGAGGAGAAUAUGCUUGACCUCACAGGGAUUGUUGAGGGGCCAGAGCAAACUCCAUACGCAGGCGGGUACUUCAGGGUGCGGUUCCAAUUUACACACGAAUUCCCCACUGCACCCCCAAAAUGCUGGUUCGCAACCAAGAUUUUCCACCCGAACGUCUCUUCUGCGGGAGAGAUUUGUGUGAACACGUUGAAGAAGGACUGGCAAUCGUCGUAUGGCAUCGGUCACAUUCUCGUGACAAUCAAAUGCCUCCUUAUUUAUCCCAAUCCCGAAAGUGCCCUCGACGAGGAAGCAGGGAAGCUCCUCCUGGAGGACUACGACGCGUACUGUUCCCGCGCGAAGCUUAUAACAAGUGUGCAUGCCACUCCUCGCAUACGACCUCCGGAAUUUCAAACACCAUCCACUGAGAAAGAGGAAGAGUCGUCCACGAUGUCGAUACCGGUUUCGAUUCCAACACCAGCUGUGGUGCCACCAUCACCACAUAUUACGCUACCUAUCACAACAUCAGCACCAUCGCCACGCAAAUCCUCUCCUGCGCCACCGUCGCAACCUCUCCAAUCAUCUCCAGCGAACACAAUGUCCACAUCACUCUCUACGAGCACUGUGUCCAGCAAAGACGGCAAGGAGCGCUUAUCACCGCUUGGGACUGCAAAUUCGAAUGUUGCGGGCCCAGCUGCCACUGCCACAACCAAAGCCGUCAAACGAUCCGCAGCCUCAGCCAGCUCUGGGACAGAGAAACGUAAGAAAGCAUUGAAGCGUUUAUAA